AUGGCGGCAACGCCGGCGGGGGAGGGAUCCCUCAUUUUCUUCCUGCAACCGCUCUUCCUCCACGGCGUGAGCGCCGCGGCCCACCUCACCCACGCGCUUGCCGUCGCGGGGCGCUUGCUCUUUUGCCGCCUCUCCGCCGGCCGAACGGCCCGAACCAAGGACGAGGAGGUGGAGGGAGAUGCCAGCCGCGGCGGCGUUGGCCGGUUCCGGUGCUACGGCUACGGGGUCACUGCCUGCACCACGUGGACCCUGGCAGCGUUCGAGGUCCUCGUCGCCGCGUACUCCUGGGCGACGAGUCUCGACGGGUUCCUCGUGCCCGGUCGGUCGUGGGCGCUCGACGGCGUCUCUGUUGUCGCAGCAGUGGUUCUACUCUCAGCUGGGUUCCUCGGAAGGAGGGCGGGACGGGGCCAAGGCCAUGCUUCCGAGGAGCCUCUGCUGAACGGCGCGCACGUGGCGGCCGAUGAGAACAGCAGCAUCGCCGGCGCCGCCGGCUCAUCCUUGCUCACUGGCGCCGGCUUUCUUAGCGUGCUCACCUUCUCGUGGAUGGCCCCUCUGCUCAGCGUGGGCCACAGGAAGACCCUCGUCCUGGAGGACGUCCCGGGCCUCGAGCCCGGCGACAGCGUUGCUGGUCUGCUCCCAUCGUUCAAGGCCAACCUUGAGGCGCUCAGCCGCGACGACGACAGCUCCAGCUCCAGCCGGAAGGUCGUCACGGCAUUCAAGCUCACCAAGGCCCUGCUGCGCACCGUCUGGUGGCACGUCGCGGUGACCGCGUUCUACGCGCUGGUCUACAACGUCGCCACCUACGUCGGCCCGUACCUCAUAGACUCCGUGGUGCAGUACCUCAACGGCGACGAGAGGUACGCGAGCAAGGGGCCGCUCCUUGUCCUCGCCUUCAUCGUGGCCAAGGCGUUCGAGUGCCUGUCGCAGCGGCACUGGUUCUUCCGCUUGCAGCAAGCGGGGAUACGCGCGCGGUCGGCGCUCGUCGCCGUCGUGUACCAGAAGAGCCUCGCACUUUCCAGCCAGUCGAGGCGGAGCCGCACAAGCGGAGAGAUGAUUAACAUCAUCAGCGUCGACGCCGACCGCGUCGGCAUCUUCGCAUGGUACAUGCACGACCUCUGGCUGGUGCCGUUACAAGUAGGCAUGGCAAUGUUCAUCCUCUACUCCACGCUCGGGCUCGCCUCGCUUGCCGCGCUCGGUGCCACCGUGGUCAUCAUGCUCGCCAACGUUCCUCCCGGAAAAAUGCAGGAGAAGUUCGAGGACAAGCUCAUGGACAGCAAGGACGUCAGGAUGAAGGCGACGACCGAGAUCCUUCGCAACAUGAGGAUUCUGAAGCUGCAGGGGUGGGAGAUGAAAUUCUUGUCCAAGAUCAUUGAGCUGAGGAAGACAGAGACGAAUUGGAUAGCAUCAUUCCUAUGCCUUGACGAGCUACCUAGCGAUACUGUGCAGAGGCUUCCAAGUGGUAGCUCUGACUUUGCAAUCAAUGUCAACAAUGGGUGCUUCUCCUGGGAAGCCUCACCUGAAGUCCCAACACUGAAGGACCUGAGCUUCCAAGCUAGGCCAGGCAUGCGUGUUGCUGUUUGUGGGACAGUUGGCUCCGGCAAAUCGAGCCUGCUAUCUUGCAUUCUUGGUGAGAUUCCGAAGUUAUCAGGAGAGGUCCAGACUUGUGGAACAACAGCAUAUGUCAGUCAGUCAGCAUGGAUACAGAGCGGCAAAAUUCAGGAGAAUAUACUGUUUGGCAAAGAGAUGGACGCAGAGAAGUAUGACAGAGUACUUGAGUCUUGCUCGCUGAAGAAAGACUUGGAGAUCUUACCAUUUGGUGAUCAGACAGUCAUUGGCGAGCGAGGCAUCAACCUUAGUGGCGGGCAGAAGCAAAGGAUUCAGAUAGCCCGUGCUCUGUAUCAGGAUUCCGACAUCUAUUUAUUCGAUGAUCCAUUCAGUGCAGUUGAUGCCCAUACAGGAUCCCACCUUUUUAAGGAAUGCUUGCUUGGGGAUUUGGCUUCAAAAACAGUGGUUUAUGUCACUCAUCAGAUUGAAUUCCUACCUACUGCUGAUCUCAUUCUUGUCAUGAAAGAUGGGAGAAUAGCACAAGCAGGAAAAUACGACGAAAUACUAGAUCCAGGGAAAGAGUUCAUGGAGCUAGUUGGUGCUCAUAAGGAUGCUCUGACAACAUUGGAUGCGAUUGAUUCCAUGAAUGGAGGCAAUGUGCCCUCUCCUUCAAGUGGCAAAGCAAAGCCGAAGCUGUCCAGAUCACUGUCAUCAGUUGAGAAGAAAGAUAAAGCCAACAAUGAUGAGCAGAAUGCUCAGAGUGGGCAGCUGGUGCAGGAAGAAGAAAGGGAGAAAGGUAGGGUGGGGUUCUGGGUCUAUUGGAAGUACCUCACACUAGCUUAUAAGGGAGCUCUUGUACCGCUUGUGUUGCUAGCACAGAUACUUUUCCAAAUACUUCAAAUUGCGAGUAAUUAUUGGAUGGCUUGGGCUGCUCCCGUGUCAAAGGAUCUUGAGCCUUCGGUGAGCAUGUCGACACUGAUCUAUGUCUAUGUCAUCCUGGCUCUUGGAAGCUCACUGUGCAUCCUUGUAAGAUCACUGUUCCUUGCAACAGCUGCAUACAAAACAGCGACGUUGUUAUUCAACAAGAUGCAUUUGUCCAUAUUCAGAGCUCCUAUGUCUUUCUUCGAUUCCACUCCGAGCAGGCGCAUCUUGAAUAGGGCUUCAACUGAUCAAAGUGAAGUGGACACUAACAUUGCUGACCAGAUGGGCUCUGUUGCAUUUUCCAUCAUUGAACUUAUCGGAAUUAUUUUGGUGAUGUCUCAAGUUGCAUGGCAGGUCUUCGUUGUUUUCAUCCCUGUAUUUGCUACCUGUGUCUGGUAUCAGCGAUACUAUAUUGACACAGCUAGGGAGCUGCAAAGGCUAGUAGGAGUUUGCAAAGCUCCUACCAUACAACAUUUUGCAGAAUCAAUAACGGGGUCAACUACCAUUAGAAGUUUCGGCAAGGAAAAUCAGUUCGUGUCAACUAAUAGCCAUCUAACAGAUGCCUACUCUCGACCGAUAUUCUACAACACUGGAGCAAUGCAGUGGCUUUGCUUUCGUCUGGAUGUGUCAUCUCUUAUAUUUGCCUUCUCUUUGAUAUUUUUUAUCAAUCUACCAACCGGUCUCAUUGAUCCAGGUAUUGCUGGUCUUGCUAUCACAUAUGGGCUUAAUCUGAAAUUGCUUCAAGCAUGGGUUGUCAGGGGUAUGUGCACUUUGGAGAACAAGAUAAUAUCAGUAGAGAGAAUUCUACAGUACAUUAGCAUUCCUGCAGAACCCCCACUUGUUAUGUCACAAGAUAAGUUGGCUCAUAACUGGCCAUCUAAUGGAGAAAUUCAGCUCCAUAAUCUCCAUGUGAAAUAUGUACCGCGAUUGCCAUUUGUUCUGAAGGGUCUUACAGUCACUUUUCCGGGGGGCAUGAAGACCGGUAUUGUUGGAAGAACAGGAAGUGGCAAAUCAACCCUCAUUCAGGCCCUUUUCCGUAUUGUGGACCCUAUUAUUGGUCAGAUACUAAUAGAUGACGUCGACAUUUGCACAAUUGGACUGCAUGAUCUGAGAUCCAGACUGAGCAUCAUUCUGCAAGAGCCAACAAUGUUCGAAGGAACUGUUAGAAGUAACCUCGAUCCUCUUGGGGAGUACUCUGAUGAUCAAAUCUGGGAGGCUUUGGAUUGUUGUCAGUUAGGGGACGAAGUUAGGAAGAAGGAGCUGAAGCUUGACUCACUAGUGAUAGAGAAUGUGGAUACUGCAACUGACAACUUGAUCCAGAAAACACUGAGGCAGCAGUUUUCAGAGACGACAGUCAUCACGAUAGUGCACAGGAUCACUUCAGUUCUUGACAGCGACAUGGUGCUGCUUCUUGACAACGGCGUGGCCGUCGAGCACGACAGGCCGACGAAAUUGCUGGAGGAUAAGUCGUCUCUGUUCUCAAAGCUCGUAGCAGAAUACACCAUGCAGUCGGUGCAUACAUAG